AUGCCAGUGCUACGCAACGCUGACCAUCCCGCAUCGCAAGCAACUGACUCCGUGGCUACGCGGUAUGCGGUCGCUGUCCUUGCUUCCUGGGCGGCUGAAGCAGUUACCUAUCCGUUUGAUUUGACCAAAACAAGACUACAGAUCCAAUCUGAGGUGGCCACCACGAAACAUGGUUUUAAGAUAGAAAACCACGGCAUGAUAAAAACUGCCGUGGGCAUUGCUAAGCAAGAAGGCGUGUUGAAGUUAUGGAGCGGUCUGAUGCCGAUGUUCCAACGGCAUGCGAUAUAUUCAGGCUGCAGACUGAUUUUCUAUGAGCAGUUUCGAAACGCGUUUAAGGAUGACAAUGGAAAGGUCUCUUUGGGUAUUGCUUCAUUGGGCGGUCUGGGGGCUGGUUCGCUGGCGCAGCUGAUCGCUUCACCCACCGACCUGGUGAAGGUGCAGAUGCAGGCAGAGGGACGCCGAGUGCUGCAAGGCAAGACGCCGAGGUUCAUCAACUGCAGGCAAGCUUAUGCCGUGCUGUACUCUGAGAGUGGGCUUAUGGGAUUUUGGAGAGGUGUAAUACCGAACGUACAGCGGGCAGCGUUGGUUAACAUGGGCGAUCUGGCCGCUUACGACUACAGCAAGCAGUUCCUCAUGUAUGAGCUGGGCAUGGCCGACACGACGGCGGUUCACGCCGCGGCGGCGUUCUCCGCGGGCUUCGUAGCCGCCGUCAUGGGCACGCCAGCCGAUGUGCUCAAGACGCGUCUCAUGAACCAGCCCGUUGGUUCGGACGGAAGAGGAACAUUAUAUCGUGGAAUGAUCGACUGUCUACAACAAUCGGUGAAGAACGAAGGCAUUUUGUCGCUUUACAAAGGCUUUCUGCCACUCUGGAUGAGAUUAGGUCCGUGGGCGUUAAUUAAUUGGAUUGCGUUCGAAAACAUCAUGCUUGCUGUUGGUGGACACAGUUUUUAA